AUGGCCGGUAUAUGCGGCGGAAUAUUCGAUUCUCCAGGAACCGUGAACAGCGUCGAAACCAUAAGCCUCGCUCGCUUCGCCAUCGAAGAACACAAGAAGAAGCAUAAUGGUCUGCUUGAGUUUGUGAGGGUGGUGAAUGAAAAGCGGCAAGUGGUUGCUGGGAUGAAUCACUUUUUGACUAUUGAGGCCACCGACGCGGGCAAGAAGAAGCUCUUUGAAGCCACGGUCUAUGUGAGGGCUUGGGAGAACUUCAAGGAACUGUCGGAGUUCAAGGAAGUGAAGUCCACGGAAGUGCAGGAGUUCAAGCACGUUGCUGACUCUUAG